AUGGCCGACAUCCUCACCCAGCUCCAGACCUGUCUUGACCAGCUCGCAACCCAAUUCUACGCAACACUAGGCUAUCUCACAACAUACCACGACAAUGCACCUACAACACCACCCCCAGAUGUCCCAGACGCCGCACCAGCCCUAGCCAAAAUACCCAAGAACUCCUCAUCACCACCAGUCCCAGCAGCUAUCGCAAACACAGCGGCAGGUGCCGCAGCUGCACAAGGACCUGGAUCUCCCCCUCUCGCGCGGCCCCAACAACCUGGCGCUGCGCCCGAAGCACCAGUAGAAGGAGGAGACCCUAACCUCCCCCCGGCACCCGACUCACCCCACACAUUUGCGAGCCGGCAGCGAGAACUCGCGCGUGACCUCAUUAUCAAGGAACAGCAAAUCGAAUAUCUUAUCUCUGUGCUGCCUGGUAUCGGUGCCUCCGAGGCUGAGCAGGAGACCAGAAUUCGGGAGCUGGAGACUGAGCUACGCAGUGUCGAGACGGAGCGGGCUGCUAAAGUGCGGGAACUGAAGAAGCUGAGGACCCGUUUGGAGAGGGUUUUGAAUGCUGUUUCUGUUGGUAUUUAUGGAGACAGUCAAUAUCAAAAGUGA